AUGGAUAGGGUUAAAGCAUUGAUGAUAGGUUAUUUGGCUGAUUGGUUGACAGUUGAAAGCGGUAGUUGCUCAAAAUUGACUAAUUUAACAUCAACAAAAUCCGGAGGUAAAAGUGAAGUUGGAGCUGAAGCAAAAGUUGGAAUCAGUGUUGAUCCAGUAGUUUCUACUUCAAUGCAAUCAUUAAAUGAAAUCAAUGAGCACAUCUUGAAACUUUGUACUGCUGCUCAAACGACAGCUAUUGCAGCAACAGCUUUAACCGCUGCCACAUCAACAGCUCCUUCAACUACGGUAACUCAGGAAUCAUCAUUUCUUCCCUUACAGGUACCAGUGAUUGAUGCAAACGGUUGUUAUACCGGUCAAUCAUCUGGAACACCAUUGAUAAGUCCUAAUUUGCAAUCACUUCUUGCACUACAAUUUGUUACUUCACAACUACCUCUAGCGGAACCAUAUAGACUACCUAUCCUUACAAAUCCUUCUUCCAAUAUUUCAUCGGAUAUUCGAUGGAAACCAGUUUAUGAGACGCAUACAUUUGCGCAUUCAUCUGUACCAAUUAUUGAUAACAGUAAAUCUGAUAUGCGACAACAUGCAGUCAUCACUGAUGAAGGUUUUUCCAACAAAAGUACUCCAAUAUCAUCUACUAUCAAUUCUGAUAUUACAGGAUCUGUGAUAAGCAAAACAGGAACGUCAUUGGAGAGAUUGUUGGAUCAGACAUUGAAGGAACCCGUUUUAUCGGUUGCUAAAUUACUGGUUACAGAAUUCCGGCGUGAAAAAGAAUUAUUACUUAGCCAGAAUGGACAGCUGCGUCGUGAAAAUGCGCUUUUACGUAGUGCACUUGCCAGUAGUACUGUUUUGGUUGGCCUGAAAGGAUUAACUGCAGCAAAUGUUCCAAUUUCUUGA